GGCGGAGGAGAUUACGGCCAGCCGGGUUCCCCCACAAACCUUACGCCGGUUCUUGUUGAAAGUCAAAUCCAGCGGUUAGCGGAGGCAGCAGAGAUGCUGGUCAAGACGCUACCACCCUUUGAACCUAAACCUCAAAAUAACAAGAAGAAGAUUAGUAAAGAUUUAGAGUACGUAAUGAACAUGGUUGAAGAUGACCCACGUCGUAUGGAUGAAAUAAGAAAGUAUGCUGCCAUCUAUGGGCGGUUUGACUGUAAGAGGAAGCCUGAAAAGCCUCUCACCUUACACGAGGUAUCUGUCAAUGAGGCUGCUGCUCAAAUCUGUAAACAUAUACCUUCCCUCCUGACCCGUCGAGAUGAACUUUUCCCGUUGGCUCGUCAAGUGGUACGAGACAGUGGCUACCAAUACUCUAAAGGUCAUUCCAGGUCGCAGAACUAUAACAGGUCUUUUGAUGAAGAAAAUUGCAAACAUCCUAGGCUUGACCCAAGCCCUAACAGUUUAACAGACAAAGUUCAACUUGAAGAAAAGAGAAAAAAAUGUCAGGACAGGCUGGAGAACAUAGAUGAACAACUUAAGACUUUGGGUCGACAGCAGGAAGAAAUGAAGAUUCGACUGAAGCAAGCUCGAGAGAUUCAAGAUUACACUGGAGCCAAUCAAAUUCAACCUCAGCUUGAACAGAUCUCAACUCAACAAAUGCAACUGAUAAAUGAACAAAGUGAACUUAAUAAACAGCUGAAAAGAAUAGAAAGGCACUAUUCUUCUGGAAGAGGCUAUUGCCAUCUGUCAACUUGUUCAGAAGUAGAGAAAGUAGAGACUGACGAUACAGACUCCCAGUUCUCAGCUUAUAGCACACUCUCCUCCCCAGCCCUCAGCCAAGAUAACCAUAACUCUCCAUCUCAAGACUCAAGCCAAUCCCUCCAAACCCAAGAUGCAUUCAGUGUCGUGAGAGCUGUGUCAGCCACUAAGAGAACAAAUGCCCAAAUCACAAGGCAACUGGUGCAAGAAACAUUGAUGGAUGAGGGACUGCGAGUUAUCAAAGAGUUGGCCAAUCACAUAAGAGAUGAAUCCGAAGUUCAAGUUAUAAGCCCCUCCAAGCCAGAAGGUCGUCCUCGAGGACGUCCUCCAAAGUUUAGUAGAGACUGUGUGAGCACAGCUGCUUCUACUGGAGUAUCUAGUAUUGCCCAUAAUCAAAUGAUUUCUGCCUCUUCAAAUUCAUGUGUUACAAUAGUCUCAGAAUGUGUUUCUGGGAACUCUCCAAAGUUUACCCACAAUGGCUAUUCAACACCCUUGAAUGGGUCAUUGGAAACGGAUAAGUACCAUCACCGAAUCAGCACCAUUUCAACCUUUCAAAAUGUUACAAAUGGAAUUUGUGAUUUGGAUGAUAAACCAGGUCAGAAUGCAACUUAUACUGGGAGUAAACCAGUAGAAAACAGUCUGAAUGCUCUGGUUGCUCUUUCACAAAUGGGGAUCAAACAGGAGCCAACAUCACCCUCUGAUACCUUAAAAAUGGAUCAGUAGAAAACUGAACUGAACCACGAAGUAUUGAAAACAUGGUUAAUAUGGAACAUUGCCAAGUACAUCUGUAAAAGAAGUCCAAGAUUUAAAUAGUUUAUAGGUAGAGGUAUGUGAUAAAAGACUUACAGCAAGAUGGCUGUAAUAAUGUUUGUUCUAAAAAUUCCAAGCCUUUUGUCGUACCCCCAUCAGUAAUCUGCCAUCCUUGUUGAGCUGCCCUUAACCUAAGCUUUUAAAUUGUGUGCAAUAUGUCUUGUGUCAUUCCCUGCAUAAUAUAGGGUCAGACCCUCUAGGUGUGUGACAGUGACCAAGCCAGUGUCCAGAGGCUAUAAUAGUCAGAGUAACUGUUCAGUUAGGUGUGACCUGGUCUGUGAUGUUACAUGUCUUCUGGCUGUGAUCUACUGUGGUGGUCAAGGAAACUACCCAGUGGCCAGUAAUAUAGAUGUAGUGGUUGAAGAUACAACACUUGUGUUAAAAAAAGAAAGAAAGAAAAAAAAUGGAUAAAACAAAAGUCCGUAGUCCCUCUUUUUUUUUAUUAAUGCCACUUGGGAGUUUAGUUGUUAGUGAAGUGUGUAGUAACUUAUUGAAGCAUUAGAGUGCAGUUGUUUUAGUGAAUCUGUCCCUGUGAGCCUCCCAUCCCCGUGUGAUAGCAGAUCUCUGCUGUCUUGACAUUGGUGCUGUUGAAAAUUUGGCAGAAAGUGUACCAUCCCUUAAUUCGGCAAAUAUUAUACCUAAUCUUAUUUAAUCAUUUUCAAACUUUCAGAAAUGAGAACGGUUUUAACCGUAAUUUUUGUUUUCCAUUCAAUAAUCUUUGUGUUCUUCCCAGAUUUUUACAAUAAUAAGUGCUGUUAAUCAAAUAUUGUACAUGUAUAAAUUUAAUGUUCUGACACCCAGAUUCAGUUAAUAUGUACGUACACUGUUGAGUGUAAAGACCACAAGUAUUGAUUUCCGUUUGCUCGUUUUUUUUAUCAUUAGUUACUGUCUUCAGGAAACUGUACUUCAUUUGAGAUGACACUGGUUGAAGACAGAUCAUUUUAAACAAAGAAUGUUAAGGAAACAUAUGAAAUAAUUAUAAGCACGAAGAAAUGAUAUUUGAUGUUAUUAGAACAUCUCGAUCUGAAGUAAAAACUGAGGUGGGUGAUAUGAAGAAAUUCUUAACAAUAUUUUCAAGGGGCAAUAGAUAAUUAUGCCUUAACCUAUAUAUAUAUAGUUUGGGCUGCUAACACAAGAAGUGUCAUUCUUUCAUAAUCCUUUCCAGUAUGCUGAAUUUAACACAAUCAACAAAUGAAAGACCAUAAUACGUUCUCAGGUUUGGUACAUUUUCACCAAGUAUCAGAUGCAAAUCAAGGUGUCCGUUAAAAAGAGAGCACUGGUGUUUAUUGCUGUUAAGUGUCGUACAACAGAAGACACCGCUGAUUGGGUCAGAGGUUCAGUGAUACUUUCAUUUUAUUUUGCCAUAAUUGAAUGACACAAGAAUGAUAUGUGAUACCAUGUGAUAUUUGUAAGUCAUGAAUGUUUCAUUUCUUGGGAGGGGGAGGGGAUAUUAUUAUUGUGAUUAAAACUUGGUCACAUUGGAUUGAAAUAUUGUGUAUUGGUGUAAAAAAAAAAACUUAUCUCCGAAACUCAUUUGACUUCAAAAGUCAUGUGAUCAAAACCAGACUAACUGAUGGAUAAAAAAAACAGGCACAUACUUUAAAGAUUUGGAAUGAAAAUGUGUAAGGUUCAGUAAGGAAUUUUGAUUUCAGGACUAUUCUCAAUCUAAUAUUUAUAAGUUAGUUAAAAAUAAACAGUUUUGGACCAUAUGUUACAAUGAACAAAAGAUAAAGUGACUAAAAAGUCCAGUGUCUAUUUACCAAACUCAUUUAUGGGGUUAAGUUUACAUUGAGAGGUUU